AUGGAUCAAUUACGUCCCGAGCAGGAGUCGGUGUUGCAGAAUUUCAAGGAGUUCACUUCGUAUAAUGAAGAUGAAGAACAGGACAAGGUCCUGCGACUUUUGACCGUGUGCAACUGGAAUCUGGAAAUUGCUGUUGCCAGGUACUUCGACAACGACUUCCCUACCCUGGUUGAUGAUACUUCUUCAAUUGCAACUCCGGCAGAGUCGUUCUCGCCGUACGUCAGAUCAUAUGCCGGAACAGACCCGUUUGGCACGUCUGCUCCUCCUUCGAGAGAAGCCCCGGCUCCACGAGCUAUUGCAUUCGACGAUCCGUUUUUGGAUCUGAUACCUAAACUGCCAAAGGCAAUUCCUAUCCAGAACCGUUGGAAAUUUCAAGUCGGACUCAAAUCCUCCUCCGAAAGACGAAAAUCAACCUAUGCAUUACUUCCACCGGUCAUUUUCAUCCUAAUGUUGUUCCCACGUCUCCUUUGGCUUGUUGGAUAUGGUCUCAGCAAAAUCCUGGGACCAUUAUUCCCCGGUUUAUUCAGGAUCUUGGGACUUCGAGAAAGUCCUAAUGAUUUCCCUUGCAAACCUAUUUAUACUUCCAAGGAAGCUAUUGCCAGCUACAACAUCAAGAAUUACAUCAACGAGGUAUUGGGUGAAACUUCGGAUCUACCAAUCUUUGAAGGCGGUUUCAACGAAGCUUUCGAGACCGCAAAGUCUGAGCUCAGAUGGCUCAUGUGUAUCAUUAUCAACUCGGAAAGAGACACAACCACGAAAUUCGUCAAAACAUAUCUAAAUCACGAGCAUUUCAUCAAAUUUAUCAAAGAAAAUAACAUCAUUCUGUACAUCGGAGACGUCAGUUAUCCUGAACCGUUCGAGGUGGGACAAACGUACAAGGUGUACAGCGUGCCACAUCUUGAUUUGAUAUCCAAUGUUUCUGCAACCGGAACGACGUUCCCAUUGAUGUCUAUUGUGACCAGAUACCAUAAUUUUGAUAACUGUUCUAUAGAUUCGGCCAAGAAGGUGACAAAACGGUUGCAGAAGAUUGUUGAUAAGUACGAGCCGCAGCUGGUUACGCAGAGAUACGAUAAGCAGGAGGCCGAGUUUUCGCGGCUGAUCAGAAAACAGCAAGAUGAAGCGUACGAGCAGUCUCUUCUGAACGAUAAGAUCAAGCAGGAGGAGAAGAAACACAAGGAGCUAGACGAAAAGGCUAAACUAGAAAAAUUGAGACUCAAGGAAGAGGCGGUCAUUUUGAGACAGAAACAGGAGCAGGCCUUCUUCCAAAAACACAUUCCGUUGGUUUUUGAUCGAGACGACAAAGACUGGGUGAAAGGUGACUAUACUACGAUUCAGUUCCGCAAUCACGAGGGAAAACGGACCGUCCGCAAGUUUUUCAAGGAUGAGACGUUAUACGACUUGUUCCUGUUUGUCGAGUGCAAGAACUACAAAGCCCUACAUGGAGACGACGAGGAAGAAGAGGCGGAAGAUGUUGAUCUUGACGGGUACGAGCAUGACUUCAAAUUCGAGCUCAUUUCUCCAAUGCCAAGAAGCAAGUUCCAUGCUGAUAAGACGAGGCUACUCAAGGACGUUAAGGAACUGUGGCCUAACGGUUCGUUAUUGAUUGAAAGACUUGAGGACUCGGACGACGAGUGUGACGAAUGA